GGGCGGGGCGUGUAGACAAACAGCGGAGGAUUCAAAGUGAAAAUGGCUGCGGGGAAACAUGUCGAGGAAAACACUCCGGAUAAAAGAGGUACAGUGUCCAGCAUGGUGAUCAAUCACGAGGAAUCUCCGGGGGACUCUCGAGUGGGACGACCACCGGUCAUCUUCAAUCCAGACUUUUUUGUGGAGAAGCUCCGCCAUGAGAGCCCAGAUGUUUUCCUGGAGCUGGUGCUCAGUAACAUCACUCGCCUCAUCGACCUUCCUGGGACAGAGUUCUCACAGCUCCUCGGCGAGGAGAGUCCCAAGACCCCAACGGGGGGAAACGGAGGCUUCUUUCGUUCUUUCAACUUCCUCAAACGCAAAGAUAAAGGAGUUGUGUUUGGAACCCCGUUGACAGAAAGCUGCAUCGCUCAGAUCUACCAGCUCAUUGAGUACCUCAGCAAAAAUCUGCAUGUGGAGGGUCUGUUUCGGGUGCCGGGGAACAGCGUGCGGCAGCAGACCCUGAAGGAGCUUCUCAACAGCGGCGCCGAUGUCGACCUGGCGUCUGGAGACUUUCACCCCAACGACGUGGCCACGCUGCUCAAGACUUUCCUGGGAGAGCUGCCCGAGCCGCUGCUCACACACAGACACUUCCAUGCACACCUUAAGAUAGCUGACAUGACUCUGUUUGACGAGCAAGGCAACAAGACCUUGGUACCCAACAAGGAGCGUCAAAUCGAGGCCCUGCAGCUCCUCUUCCUGCUGUUGCCUCAGGCCAACCGCUCACUGCUCAAACUGCUGCUGGACCUACUGUACUACACUGCCAAGCAGCAGGACAAGAACAAGAUGUCCGCCUUCAACCUGGCACUAAUGUUCGCUCCGCACGUCCUGUGGCCCAGACACAUGACGGCCGGUGACCUGAAAGACAACCUGAAGAAACUGAAUACCAGCAUGGCCUUCCUCAUCAAACACUCACAGAAACUCUUCAGGGCUCCAGCUUACCUGCGGGAAUAUGCCAGAGUGCACUUCGCUGGGACCAAGGCUCUGCAGACCAAGGACGAUCUGGAGCUGCUGGCAGCGAGCAGCUCUCCGGCUCAGCGUGCCGUGUUGCCCAUGAAGAGGACGGCUGCUCUGGGCCCCAGCGCUCAGGAGCCGUGCCAUUCUCCGGCUCAGCAGUACACAGAAGAGGCUCUGAAGGACCUCUUCAGACACGUCCACCACAACAUGCCGGACUCCGCCAAGAAAAAGAAACUCGUCCGACAGUUAGUCAAACAGACGACCUCGGGGACGCCUACCAACGAGCACCACCAGGCGCCCGCAGCUCCCAGCAAGAAACAUCCCCGCUCACGGUCGUUUGGCGGCCUCAUCAAGCGCAAAGCUCGAGCAGAGCAGCUGACAGCAGACAGGCGGGUCAGACACAUCUCGCCCGAUACCGUCAACAGGGCUGGAAGAAAAGCUGGUAAAGAGAACGUCAUCCUCCAAGGGGUGAACAGCCCAUUAAAUGGUCCUGUGCUGGGGAAGGUGGGGCUGGUGGUAAAAAACCCAGACUUUACUUUUACUGAGAACAAAGCUCUGAAGGUUUCCAAGGCCUCUCCCGCUGUGACCAGGAUGCGUUUCUCUCCUGCCCAGGAGAUCUCUGUGUAAAACCCGCCACCGUCUUCUCUUCAGACUGGAUUUGGGCAGUGUUACUAUAAUCAACCCUCAUCUGUUAUCGUUGUGUUUUCAUUGUAGUAAGUUUGAUAUAACUGUGAGUUUGUUCAGCAGGUUUAACCUCAGCCAGGGCAGCUGAACCAAAAUCAGCAACUCGACCGGUACCCACAGUUUUUGUUUUAGAUGAUAUGAGGAGAAUUAAUGUUUUUACUGGUUUUAAUGUCUGUCGGUUUUAUUUUUGAGGCAAAAAGCAACAAUAUUGAAUCAUCAGCUGCACUUUAAAAGGAACCACAGAGUUUUUCAUGUGAUGGUAAAGUUUGGGAUCUAAUAUUGUCUUUAACAGACUUAAUUUAUUUAACAACACGUUAACGGUCUUUAAAAUAAUUUAGAUGUUAGACCACACUGUGCUUCUGAUGGAGAUCCAGACCUGUGGGAGUCAGGCUGAGUGAUUUCAAAUCACAACUCAAUGAUACUGUGAUGCUGAUCGGUUGUUCUGCUCCUGAUAUAUCUGAAUAUAUCCAUUUUGAAAUAAUCUUUAGUUUUUUUUUAAGCGGCACCAUCUGAUACGAUCAGUCUGCGUUAUCUGAUCCGAAGCAUUAAUGCUCUUCUUCUGUCGCAGAACUCGUUUUAUAAAUAAACACUAUUAGUAUUUACAUGAGUUCAGCUCCGCCUCGGGGCGAACAGAUUCACCUGAACCAGUUUCUUCACGUUGGUUUGGCUUCUCUGGCUCGAAGCUGCUUGUGCCAGUUAUCACUUGAAACUCAUUUUAUUUGUUUAUAUCUACUUUAUAUCAGAGUCAUCGGCCUGUAGUUAGCGGAGCUCACAUCGGCCGUAGCAUGUAGAAUAUGUAUAUAUGUUGUAGUGUAUGUGUGUGUGAGUGAUGUGCAUGUUCUGAACGUUUUUAGAUUUUAUUCUUAUUGGGAACUGUGAUGAGCGCCUUGGGUACGAUACUUGGGUGAAAGACUUCUUGGGAUUGUUGCUGCUGAUCCAGAAUCAGCUGGAUUUUAUUUUAUCUCCUGGUAUGAAAAACAUUAAUUAAUAAUCGUCUCACGGGGUCAAAACCACGAACAGGGAUCCCUGCGAAUCUGUCAAAUAUCAAACUCAGAAUAUCUCGAAGGGCUUUUUAAUUAUUUUUUUAACUGUAGCUGGUGAUGGAGGAUUCAUUCGUCUUAAAUUGAACGAAAGUGUUUGUUCUGUUGAAAUGAAAGUUUUUUGAUUUUACAUCAGUGGAAAUGAGCAGUGAUCUGUUACAGAGAGGUGCACUCCUCCUCCGUGUGUGUGUGCGUGUGCACACGUUGUGCUCUAUCUAAGGGUGAUUGUGUUACGAAGAAGAGGCCGGGCUCUGAGUCUGAGUAAAGUAAGAAAGGAUCUAAAUGUGAUUGGACGUCAGGCAGCGUCACCCGGUCGUCUUCUUAGCACAUCGUGUUAAUGUGAUAAAACAUGAGUCUGUUACAGAUUCUGAUUUCAUGUGUUCCAUUUAGAACGAUGUGAAGGGACGACAGUGAGUUUCAGGAUCGUGUGAUGAAAGGGACAUUAAGACGUCUUUCUCCACAAAAUAAGAGCAUCUAUAAUGUAGUGACACAAACAAAUGUGUGAUUGGUUGAGCAAAGGAUCAAUUUUGAAUAUUUUUGCAGUUGGUUCUCUUUUGAGUAUUAACAGUUUACACAAGGGGGGGGGGGGGUGUUUACCAGCACCUCCCGUGGUCUGAGAGGUAGAAUGACUGUUUCCAUCAAUGGAGUCUGAGCAACAUAACAGCUGCUUCUAGUUAAACACAGAGCAUCUUAUGAUUUCACUCUGUCAGGGAACAGAUGUUUUAGUGCUCGGACAUCUGCCCCGUUUUAUUAUUGUGCAGCAACAGUUGCUGGAGAUACUGUGUUUGCUCAAAAGUGAACUGGAUGCAAAGAUUCUUGUUCUUAUCCAUCAUUUACACUGAAAAACACAAGGUUCAACAAUCCCUUAAUUAAAUAAAGUUAUUCUCAAUGAUUGUGAUUAAAGUCCAUAAAUAUCACAAACAAAAAAACAUUGCACUUUUUUAUCUGCAGAAUAAAUUCUGCUGUUAACCCACAGAUUUAUUUUGUCAUGUUUGUAUUUGCAGAAACUGAAAUACUAACUUAAUGUCCCUUUUAAAUAUUUUGAACGAUGUAGUUUAAUUUGAUUAACUGUUUCGUUCUCAGAUCCUCAACUUGGCUGUUUGACCUAAACUGACUCGGCUCAGUUUGUUGUAUCGUCAGUACGGAUGCACCAGUUCCAAGUUUUCAGCUCUGAGAAAUACAUUCGUUUUUAAUUUCCAGACUUUUCCCUAAACACUCCAGAGCCGGUGAGCGUCCGCUGCCUUGCUCAGUGGCACCUCUGGCAACAUCCUGCUGAACCCAGACCAGCUCUGCAUUCAUUAGUUUCCAUAAACUUUAAAAAGGUUUUGUUCGCUCAUGGGUCUCAUCAUAUAUUUGUUUCUCUGGAUGUGAAGCUGAGUCUGUUUCUGGUGCAUCCUGCUGUUGAAGGUUUUGUGGAUGUUGUAUCGAUGGGUUUGUGGAAGUGCUGAAGGUGUUGAACGUGAUGCGUCGGGUACAGAUAGACACUAAAGAUUGACUUCAUGUUUGUUUUGACUGAAUUUAAUGUCAGAAGAGAAACAAGCUUUUGAACUGAGACCCCUCCGUGUCGUUGUUUUCUCUUCUGAUGACUUCUCCUCAUCUGUUUUGGUUCUCUGCAGUUUUACGAGCCAGUUUUAAAGGAAGGUCAAAUUGUUUUCUGUUGUAUUUAUUGCUGUUUGCAACUUUAACAUUUUUAAUAACACAGUUUGUAUGUCUGUGGUAUUUACUAAAAAAAACCCUGCAAGACUUAAGUGACACUGUUUUUCUUUCUGAGUCAGUUUCCUGCUACUGUUCUAUCGGUGUCUUUAACAUCUGUGUGAAACAUGUAGUUCCUCUGCUUCUUCUGCACACUGUGAAAAUCAACACUGAAGGAAGUUAAAGUUGAACAUUAGUAAAUUUAAAAUGUUGCCUGAUGGGUUGAACUGCGUCUCAGCUCUUUGUUUAUUGGGACAAUGAGAAGUUGAAAUGUCAGUUUGACAAACUUUGACUUUUUUUCAGCUUGAUGAACCUAAACUUUUCCCUCGUGUCAUGAUGAGUUCGGUCAGUGACUGUUGGACCGCGUGGUUUAAACUGUGGUAACCUGUCUGUUUGUUUUUUUUUUUUUUUUAGUGUAAAAUAAUUUAACCCUGUAAAUUGGAUUCCUUGGCGAAUGGUCCGCUUUGGAUUAAAUCUUUUUU